GAGGCCGCUCCGCGGGGCCGGCCCUGGCCGCGGCCCCAUGGCCGAGGUGGGCGGCUUCCUGGGCGCGCUGGACCCCGACCUGCACGGCUUCCCCCCCGCGCUGGGCGGGCUGCCCCUCGCCGACUCGCCCGGCUUCCUCAACGAGCGCCUGGGGCAGAUCGAGGGGCGGCUGCAGCGGGGCUCCCCCACCGACUUCGCGCACCUCAAGGGCAUCCUGCGGCGGCGGCAGCUCUACUGCCGCACCGGCUUCCACCUGGAGAUCUUCCCCAACGGCACGGUGCACGGCACCCGGCAGGACCACAGCCGCUUCGGGAUUUUGGAGUUCAUCAGCCUGGCGGUGGGGCUGGUUAGUAUCCGUGGGGUGGAUUCAGGACUCUACCUCGGCAUGAACGAGAGAGGCGAGCUGUAUGGGUCGAAGAAGCUCACAAGGGAAUGUGUUUUCCGAGAGCAGUUUGAAGAGAACUGGUACAACACGUACGCCUCAACGCUCUACAAGCAUCCGGACUCGGAGAGGCAUUACUACGUGGCUCUGAACAAGGACGGCUCCCCCCGCGAGGGGUACAGGACUAAGAGACAUCAGAAAUUCACUCACUUUUUACCAAGGCCCGUGGACCCUGCCAAAAUACCUGCAAUGUACAGAGACCUCUUCCACUACAGGUGAUGUUUCCUGCAGCUGCCCCAUCAAUGUACAUACUUGGGCUCCCAAGCUUUUUCCCAGAGCACUAUAUUAAUAGUCAUUCCAUCAUUCCUGUAAAUGUAGAUGACAUAGGAAAGCACUUACGUUGAAUCCAGACACUGCUGUUCCUCCUUGUUUCAAGCGUAUAUCGAACCUGGGUUAUUUAUGGGGGCGGGGAUAGGGGAAGGGAGGGAACACUGCAUAUAAUCUUUCAUUUUCCUUCACUUUCUUUACUUGGUGGCUGUAAGAGAGGCCAAAUAGUCAGUGUUAUGGUUGCUUAAAAGAACAAACAGGCAAGCAAACUUGUUAACCAGGGAAAAAAAUAAACCAACUAGAAUUCAAGAGAAGGAAGGAAAACAAAAGACCACAGAACUGCUCCAGAUGCCUCUGAUAAGCUCGGGAUGGUUUCUGGCUAAGAAGCAGCCUUUCAGAUGGCACCCUGCUGCAGCAGCCCAGCAGUUUGCUACACAGAUGAUACUACGUGGACUGGUCCUGGUGUGUGGGGUUUUUCCUGCUGUUGGGGUGGGAAUGGGGUGAGGAACAUUAUUCAGAUGUAAGCAUGGAUACUGUGCAUAGGGACAAAACUAUUUAUAAAAUGUAUAUGAUAUUUAUUUUAUAUAUUUAUUUAUUUCAAAAUAAUUUUAUUUUUAAUGAAAGAUGCUAUGACCGGAUUUUCAUCAGGAAGAAUAAGGUCCUACUGAAACAGGAAAAAAAAAAAGAGUUUUAAGAGCUUAUUGGCAAUAAAAUUGUCUUUAUAUUGUAGAUUCCUUGCUAGCCCUUUUUUUUGGCACUCCACAAUGACUAACUGUAAUCAGUAUUUUCUGAUUGAUACGAACACCAUCUAUAAAAAGGCUUUGGAUGGUAAAGAUAAAUUUUAUAAACUUGUACAAGGGCAACAUCAAAUGUGCAGCUGGAAUAGACCUGGCAAGCGUGAGCCCACUGACAUGAGCGGCUGGACAUCCAACAAACCCUGGAACUGCAGAUCCAGUCCUCUGUGGCAGCAGGGACAAAUGAGGUCCUCAGGCCAAGCACCAGCACAGCACAGCCCUGCAAGACCCAGAUGGGAUUGCCCCAGAGCUCUCCUACUGCUGCGCUGAAAGGAACCUCGCUGGCACAGCCAGCACCCUCACAUCCUUGCUGGGGUUGUCCUUACCACAACUUUCUCUCUCCCACCACAGUUUCUCAGCCUCCACUUUGCAAAGCCGUUUGGGUGAAAUUUCAGCCUCUUCAGUCUUACUCCCCACGUUCCCAGAAGGAACAAUCCAGCUUCUUCGUAUCCCAUGUACUGCCAGCGAGGCGGCCGCUUUGGGGGCCGGUGCUCCUGGCCACCUUCUGUCCUCUCUGCCACCUCCCGGGUCCCCGCUGCAGCAUUUGCUACCCAACAUCCCAGCCGGUGCUGCAGCUGUCACAGACAACAGUCUGCAGAUUGCAAUGAAAAGAUUAAAGGAGCUUUACCUUGAAUGAUCUAGACAUGGAGGAAUUUAAUCCCGUGUUUGAAAUAAAAAAUGUUUAUUUACCUUUUUCCUCUGAGUCAUUGCUGAAACAUCUAAUCCUCAGCAGCCAUGUCAGGAGCACGAUCGUUCAUGAAAAGUGUCCUAAAAUGUACUUUUGACCUUAACAAAGGGAAAACUCAGCUCUCCAGCUUCACUUUGCAGCCUUUCCUCCACCGCCCUGGCAGCACCGUCUGCAUCCUGCUGGUGCUCAUGGCUGUCUGGGCAGGCAAAUCCCAGAGGGGCCGCUGAGGGAGGGGGCCAAUGACCCUCCCUGCUGGCUGUCUGCAGCCAGUGAUUUCCUUUACACCUGAAGAUAAAGUUAAUGCUGAAGAUGCUGUUUCUCAUCUUCACAACUGAAGGUAAAACCUGAUCUGAGCAAUGCCAAGUAUGUGCUUUUUGACAACCUGAAAGAAAUCUGAUUUGGACCAUGCCACUGAACUGGUCCUCCAACAUCAGGAUCCAGGAUCAGACUUGGAAGGAGGCUCCUGCUGCAAAGGGAUGCGCGGGCGCAAGAGCGACGGCACAGAACUCCUUUUCAGGAUCUGGGUUCAAAAAAUAGCAUUUGUAAACAGCGAAAUCUGCAAAGAAUUCACUGAAAACAGCUUUGUAGAGAUCGGUACCAUUUCUCAUGUGGGACAUUCUUUAGGGGAAAUUCAGCAUUGUUUAAUCCCACUGUAAUGGUUACUUCCAGCAGGAAUUUACUGAGUUAGGUUCUGGUUCAGCAAAAUACUUAAACGUAUGAGUAAUGUGACUGUACUGGGACCUUAGCAGCAGCAGAAUCGAUGACCACAGACUUUGACUGCGCUCUGAGUUGCAGUGGGUGCAGCCGGCGAUGCACAGCACGUGCAGUACUUCUCUUCCCCUUUGUGUGUGCAUGAAGACACGCUCACGCCUUGCACAGUGAGGCAGAGCUGACCACCAUCUCCUUCAGCCAUCACCCACAGCCGCUCAUCCUGCCAACACCCUGUCUGACACACACUUUGGGCAAACCUUACAGAUGUUGUUCCUCCUGCAGCAGCACUGUGCCUGUUUUGUUCCCACCUGCCAGGGCUGUUUCACACACAAAAACCCACAGAUCUGAAAACACAACCGUAAACAGAGCAAAGGAUGUGGUUUUUUAGCAAUUCUCCAAUUGGAGAAAGCUGGGCAUGUAAUAAUUGAAACUUUAUCCUGGGAACAGCUGUGUAAAGCAGGAGGGAGGAGGUCAGCAGCAGAGUGGGAUGGUUUCCUGAGUCUCACUACAGAGGGGUGCAGACAUGGAGGAAAACUCUCAGCAUAAGGCCAGAGCAGCACUGAGCGCACCGCAGCACAAACCUGGCUUUGGGGUGAGCCAAGGUGUGGGGACAACUGGGAGGAACAAAUGGUGACACACAGGUGGCCUCAAGGACAUCCUCCCAGAGACCCUGCUGCCAGUGGCUUGGGGCCACCCAGGAGAGAAGUGGAGGGGAUUUGCCUCCCCUACAGAACACAAUGGAGAGCCCAAAGCUCCACAGCAAGUCGAGAAAGUCUGCUGAAAGGUGAAGAAGGUGCCCUUCUGGCUGUGCUGCCUCACUGGGCAGAAAGAGACAUGCUAUCGCUGCCAACAGCGGCCAAGAUAAUUGUGAAAGGACACUUGGCAACAGCACAUCCCCAAAGGAGAAGGGCCAGAUUCUUGUUGGUAGCAAGAACGGACACCUGCAUCCCUCAGGCAGUGCCAGUAGCAGAAGAGAAGCCUGGGACCUGAUCUGAAAGGCGAUGUCUUCUCCCCCAUCCCAGCAGCUGGAGCUGACUCCUGGACUGGAAGAUUUGUUGAAAUAUUGGCCAUCUUGAUGGCAGGAGCAGUCUGCAGGGCAGCGUCUGCCUGUCAGUCCAGAAAGCUUCACGUAGACAAAGGCACUGCGAGGAAAUAAAGUGAGAUUAUUGAGUGCUCCUCCCCAGCCACAGGAAUGGAGCACACUAAGGGUAGUAACUGCGUUACCUGGUGUCUCUGUGCCAUUUAUCAGCCCACAGAUGUGGGUAAAUCACUUCUCCACACUCCGGUGAACAGAACGCUUGCCAAGACCUGGCUAGGAAAGCACUGGGUCAGAAGAAACACGGUGAUGACGUGUGCUGAAAAUAAUUCUCAUUUUGGGGCAAACAUACAUUGUAGGUUGAUGCACUUCUUCAAACGCUGCCGACACUGGGGCAGCCAUCCCAGAGAGCCCUCCCAAGGGCAGGGCAGCUCCCUGGGGGAAGCACUCUGUGGCCUAGGCUGUACAGAUGCAGCCCCGACACUGAUUUUAAGGUAAAGUCAAAAACAUCUGCAGUCAGGUAGGGAGAGCAAACAGCAUAAGUCAGCACAAUAGCUGUGAUCCGUGUGUCACCAGCAGCCAAAAUGCUGCCCCAUUUGAGAAUGGGAA